AUGAUCAACAAGAAAGUCUUGUUAGCGCUGGGAAGAGAUGGCGUGAUUGUAAACAUAGGACGCGGAGCUAUCAUCGAUGAGAAGGAAAUGGUGCGGUGUUUGGUGAAAGGAGAGAUUGGAGGUGCUGGUUUGGAUGUGUUUGAGGAUGAGCCUGAAGUUCCUCAAGAGCUCUUUGCACUGUCGCCACGUUAUGCUACCUACACACCAGAAUGUUUCAUGGCUUUGUGUGAACUAGUAGCAGGGAAUUUCGAAGCAUUCUUCUCAAAUAAACCGUUGCUUUCACCGGCUGUGGAUAAUUAA